UACUCCUCUUCCUUCCAUCACCACCAUACCCCCAAUUACCACCACCAUUACCACCACCAUCGCCACCACUUUCAACAAUACUCCAAUGUCCGACAGUCUGGUGCUUCUCUUCCAGAACAUCGGUCUAACCGAGCAGAAGGCCAAGGAGACCGCCAAGAACAAGACCCUUGCUCCCAACCUCGAGAAGGCCAUCCACUCGGCAGGCUUCCAGGACAAGCCUAGCGAGAAGUCCACGGGUGCCCUUCUCUACCACCUUGCUUCGACCAUCACCCCUGGAGCAGCAUCCCAUCUCGACUACAUCGCAAAAGCCAUUCGCGACUCAAAGCUCACGACCGCUGAUCAGGUUUCCGCCGCCAUUAAAUUUGUAAACGACAAAAAGGAUAUCGACGAAGCUGCCUUCGACAAGGAGUGCGGCGUUGGUGUCGUUGUGACCAAAGAUGAUGUCAAUAAGGCCGUCGACGAAUACACUGAGACUGUUAGAGACAGGCUGAUCAAGGACCGCUAUAAGUUCUUUGGCCCAUUCUUUGCAGGAGCGAAGAAUAUCAUAAGCUUGAGGUGGGCUAAUGGUGGAGAUGUAAAGGAGGCUGUUGACGCAAAGAUGCUCGAGAUUCUCGGUCCCAAGGAUGAACGCGACAUUGCUAUCAAGAAGAAAAAGGAAACCAAGCCUGAAAUCAAGGAAGAGAAGGAGAUUGAGGAGACAGUCUCGGUCCUCAAGGUGCCCGACAUGUUCUUCGAGGGAGAACUCGCCAAGCUGCACAAACCCGGCGGAAACCCCCAGAUCAAGCCCGAGUUGAUGGAGGCGCAUCUGAAGGCCACCGGCGGCAAAUACAUCACUCGAUUCCCACCGGAGCCUAACGGUUUCUUGCACAUUGGACACGCGAAGGCCAUCAACGUCAACUUUGGUCUCGCCAGGGCCCAUAAUGGUAUCUGCAACCUUCGCUAUGACGACACUAACCCCGAGGCUGAGGAGGAGAGAUACUUUGUCUCGAUUCUGGAGAUUGUCAAGUGGCUCGGAUUUACCCCAAGCGAGAUCACCUACUCGUCCACGCACUUUCAGCGUCUGUACGAACUUGCAAUCGAACUGAUCAAGAAGGACAAGGCAUAUGUCUGCCACUGUACUGGAGAGGAGAUCCAGAUGCAUCGUGGCGGCCCUGAACGCGGACCCCGUACAGCUUGCGUUCACCGUGAUAGACCUAUUCAGGAGUCCUUGGACUUGUUUGAAAAGAUGAAGAACGGCGAGUUCGAGGAGGGUCAGGCCAUUUUGCGUAUGAAGAUGGAUUUAGAGAACGGCAACCCUCAGUUCUGGGACUUGGUCGCCUAUAGAGUUUUAAAGACCCCUCACCAUCGCACUGGCAGCGAGUGGGUCAUUUACCCCACCUACGACUAUACACACUGCCUCGUCGACUCUUUCGAGAACAUCACCCACUCGCUCUGCACUGUUGAGUUCACUCAGUCCCGUUACUCGUAUUACUGGCUAUGUGAUGCCCUUGAAGUGUACAAGCCAGUUCAGUGGGAAUAUGGUCGUUUGAAUGUCACCAACACUAUCUUGUCGAAGCGCAAGAUCGCAGAACUGGUCAGGAAGGGUCUCGUCUUUGACUGGGAUGAUCCUAGACUGUACACACUUCCUGCCAUCCGUCGUCGCGGAGUCCCGCCACAAGCCAUCAACAACUUUGUGCAUACCUUGGGAGUCACCAAGUCUGAUACUGUAAUCGAGGCCACCAAAUUGGAUGCAUUUAUCCGCGACUACCUUAACGAGACCGCCCCUCGUCUGAUGGGUGUCUUCCACCCCAUCAAGGUCGUUAUCGAGAACUUGCCUGAGGGCUAUGAGCAGAUGUUGACGGUCCAGAACAAGCCGAGAGAUCCAUCGAUGGGCGAGCACACCAUUCCGUUCACGCGCGAGGUCUGGAUCGACGGCUCUGAUUUCAGGGAAGUGGACGACAAGGAUUUCUUCCGCUUGGCUCCCGGCAAAACCGUUGGUUUGCUCAAUGUCCCCUGCCCAAUCACUUGCACCAAGGUCAUCAAGGACGAGUCUGGAAAGGUGAUUGAGCUCGUUGCUCGCUACGAGGAUGCACCUGGCUUCAAGCGCCCCAAGACAUACAUUCAGUGGGUGGCUGAGAGUCCCAAGCACGGAUCGCCCGUUCGAUUGGAUGAGGUCCGUCUGUUCGAGCGUUUGUUCAACCAUAGCAACCCUCAUGACAAGCGCGAGGUCCCAGGCGGAUACUUGAGCGACGUUAACACAAGCAGUCUGACGGUCGAGAAGGGUGCUCUUGUGGAGACUGGACUCUGGGACAUUAUGGACCGCUGGGCCAAGUCGAGCGAGACUAAGACAGACUACGAAGCGAUGCGCUUCCAGUUGACGCGUAUCGGAUACUUUUGUGUGGAUAAGGAGUCAGACUUGGGCGACUUCAAGGCCAAGCCGGAGAUGUCUCUCAAGGACACAGUGAAGAGGCUGAUUCUCAACAGGACUGUCAACUUGCAGGUUAGCAGUGCGCUCAAGAAGUAGGGCCAGAACGCGAUGUCAGAGUCGAGGUGUGAGGAGGAUGAGGUCUUGCUUGUUAUUAUAAUAAAGCGGGGCAUUCUUCGUAUUUUGUUUGAUCGAGGUCUUUGAGUACAACAGAACGAUAUGCAGUAUCCAGGAUGUUUGUGAAAUUGGAAAGAUAGGUAUC